UAGUGAGCUUAAGCAAGUGACGUUUUUGACAACACAUACGUUGACCGGAAGUAAAGUUCUUGUUUUUCAUCAAUUACAAUCCUCGUCCCAGUCUUUUGACGUUACCCAUGCCGUUUGUAUUUUCAAAACGUCACUUGCUUAAGCUCAUGCAGUAUUUUUGAUUUUUGACCAUGCAUGAGCAUGAAAAUACUGGUAAUUAUCAUUACUGGUAAUUAAUGUUUUGUGUGACGUGAAAUCGGGAGGAGGUUGGAAGAACAAUCUCUCGAACCCAGAAUCAUAUAGUGAUAUGGGAAUAAUAGGUCAUUUUAGAAUUUAGAGAAAUUAUAAUUGCUGCUUUAAUAAUUUACAGCAAAGAUAAGCAAAGCGGAGAUGCCAUACAGAUUGUCGUCUUCUGUUAUUCCAGCAUUGCCAGUGCCGAGAUACGCGAAUGAUUUGCAAUGAAAAAUUAAGGAAGACACUCGGCGAUGCCCUGCGAUCCAUUGUCGACGACUAAUAUUUACACACAGAAGUUAUGGUGAGAAAAAUGAGCAAGAUUUGUGAAACUUAUGCAUUGGUUUGUCUUCUUAUCUUAACCAGCAUUUCAACUUCAAUCAGCGAAGAAUGUGUAGGUCCUCUUGGUAUGAGUGAUGGUAGAAUCAAAGACUCGCAAAUCACAGAGUCUAGUGUUAUGAAAGGAACUCCAACUCCAGCAAAUGGUAAACAGGCUCGUCUACGCCAGAAUGUUAAACCCUGGGGUGCUUGGUGUCCAGACUACACUGGAGGAUCAAGCACUGAAAGGAAUUACGACCAGUAUAUUGAGAUUGAUUUACGAAAUCUGACGACGAUUACCAGAAUUGCAACGCAAGGACGAGAGUUGAGUGCUGGAGCUGCAUAUGCUGAGGAUUAUAAAAUAUCCUACAGUAAUUAUGGUGAAAAAUGGGAUUAUUAUAGAGAGACGCCUUCAAACGACGUCAAGAUAUUUAGAGGAAACACAAAUGUGAAGGGUGUUGUUAGACACGAACUAAAACCUUCAAUUAUGGCGAGGUUCAUCAGGGUUCAUCCAGGCUAUAAGAGGAAUUUCAGAGUCUGUAUGAGGCUGGAACUGUAUGGCUGUACAGUUGAAAAAGUUAUUAUUUCCUACUCAAUGCCAGUUGGACAGAAAACCAGGAAUGAAAAAUAUAACUAUUUUGACUCGUCUUAUAAUGGAGUUAUUUCAAAUGGUUUUUACCAAGGUGGCACUGGAAUACUCACAGAUGGCCGAUUUGCUUCAGUUAACUCGAAAGAUUCGGGUGGUGAAGGUUGGGUGGGAUGGUCUAGUGUGAACACUUCGUUACCAUACAUUGAAAUUAUAUUUCAAUUUUCUGGCGUGAGGAAGUUCAAGGAUGUUACACUGACUGUUAAUGUUGACAGGGCACGUAGUAAUGCUGUAUUCAACAAAUCACGGAUAUUCUUUGCUUCAACUGAAGGCAGUUUCUCGAAAACAUUUCUUCAAUAUUGUCCAAAAGAUUUUCCAGCCAAGAAUGGUCCAUACAAUGCAAAUGUGACUUUGUCACUUUGUGGAAAUACUGGAAGUUUUGUAAAGAUGCAGUUAUACUUCAGAAGGAAAUGGUUGCUAAUCACUGAGAUCAGUUUUAAUUCAGAUAGUACGGACAACAAGAGCCAAGUAAACGAUUGCUCAAAGUCACCUUCAACAACAUGUUCUGUCAACAGUCCACCCUCCGUGAUUGGUCUCUCAACAACUGAAGCACCUGAGCCUGGAUGUAAAUCUUGUUCGACCAGUGUACCAACACAUAAACAUGAAGCUGAAACAAAAACUCUUGCAAUUGUCUUGGUGAUUGUUGGCGUAAUUCUUUUCAUCGUCACUGCUGUUGUUACAAUAUUUUUACUUCACAAAAGACGACGUCAGGCUGGGAAAUCAGUCGACGAAGUUGAAAUGCAAUCACGACCAGAAACAGUGCAAAGUAAUCAGGAAUCAGAAAACGUAUUACCAGCUAAAGUGGGAGCAACACGAAGUAAACACGAUUAUGCGGUUGUACCAGAUAAUGAUGGUCCUGGGUCAUAUGAAGAAGUCCAAAUCUUGCAACCUUCGAUUUACGCUGAGCUUGACAAGAACAGACGAGAAACAAAUGAUGAUAACAACUACCAGAAAUUAUUGAAGAAUGAAUCGGAUUACGUAAUACCAAAUGAGGGACAAACUGGGACAUACGAAGAAGUUAAAAAGAAAAAUUCUUCUUCUUUUUACACAGCUUUAGACAACACAAAACGUGACCAUGAAGAUGACGACUCUUACCAAAAGUUGACUCCUUUUAGCUUGCAAUAGACUGAUUACUGAUUUGGUGACGCAGGA